GACAUGCCGUCUGUCUCGUCUUCUCUCCUCCACUGCGAUAAGCCCCACCCAAAAACCCUACUCCUUCAAUGGCGACCGUCUGAACUGAGCACGGAGCAGGUCGGAGAUGAACCCCGCUGAGUCCCCGGCGCCUCCUCCGCUGUCGACCCCGGAGCUCCUCGACCUCGUCACCGCCGCCUUCACCUCCAGGGAAUCCCAAUUCGAGGCCCUGGUCCCCCACCUCCCGCGCCUCACGCCGCCGCUCCUCCGCCCGAUCUUGGCCUCCGAAACCCUAGCCCGCCGCCCCAACACCCUCCUCUCCUUCUUCCGAUGGUGCCAGUCCCACAACCCCUCCCUCGCCCGCUCCCCGUCCCUCCUCCUCUCCCUCCUCCCGCCGCUCUUCGCGUACCGCAAGUUCCCCGACGCGAGGGGCCUCCUCGUCGCCUUUAUCGCCUCCGACCGGACGCACGACCUCCACGGCCUCAUCCUCUCCCCCGACCACACCGUCGCGCGGCCGUCCAAGGAUCUCCUGGACACCUCGAUCGGGGCGUACGUCCAGUGCGGGCACCCGCACCUGGCCGUGCAGAUCUUCCACAAGAUGAAGCGGUCGGGGAUGCGGCCCAACCCGCUCACGUGCAACACCCUCCUCAAUGCCUUGGUGAAGUACCCUUCUUCGCAUUCGGUGCUGCUGGCUAGGGAGGUGUUUAGCGAUGCCUUGAGGAUCGGAGUGUCGCCGAACACGAGUACUUGUAAUAUUAUGAUUUAUGGUUAUUGUUUGGAGAAUAAGAUUGAGAAGGCAUUGGAGUUUGUUAAUAAAAUGGUCGACGAGUUCGGGUGCUUGCCCGAUAAUGUGACGUAUAAUACGAUGUUGGAUGCGUUGUGCAAGAGAGGCAGGUUGAAAGAGGCGAGGGAUCUGUUGCGGGAUAUGAAGGACAGGGGGCUGGUGCCGGACAAGAAGACGUUUAAUAUUUUGGUUUGUGGGUAUUGCAAAUUGGGGCGGUUGAAGGAGGCGGCGCAGGUGAUAGACUCGAUGAUGCAGAACGACAUGACUCCCGACGUUUGGACGUAUAAUAAGUUGAUCAGCGGGUUGUGUAAGGAGGGUAAGCUUGAUCAGGCAUUUAGGGUUAAGGAUGAUAUGGAGAAUUUUAAGUUGUCGCCGGAUGUGGUGACAUAUAACACUCUGAUUGACGGGUGCUUCAAAUGGGGCAGCAGCUCCGAGGCAUUUAAGUUGAUUGAGGAAAUGCAGGAGAAAGGUGUGAAGCUAAACGCAGUUACGCACAAUAUAAUCAUUAACUUGUACUGCAAGGAAAAGAAAAUGGACGAAGCUAGGGAUGCCAUGCUGAAAAUGGAAGAAAAUGGAAUCUCUCCAGACUGUGUCACCUUUAAUACUUUGAUAGAUGGAAACUGUAAAGCAAAUAACUUGGAAGAAGCUUUGAGGCUGAUGCAUGAGAUGGGAAGUAAAGGUUUGAAAAUGGAUAGCUUCACUCUGAAUACCGUUCUCCAUGCUCUUUGCAGGGAGAAAAAGCUUGACAAGGCUUAUGAAACGCUUUGUAGUGCUAGCAAGCGUGGUUAUUUUGUUGAUGAGGUUAGUUAUGGUACCUUAAUCACAGGUUAUUUUGAUUAUGAAAUGCCUGAUAAAGCUUCAGAGUUAUGGGAUGAGAUGAAGGAGAAGGGGAUCACUCCUAGCAUUAUCACCUAUAAUUCUCUCAUGGCGGGUCUCUGCCAGUUUGGAAAAACUGAUGAAGCAAUGAAGAAGCUGAUUGAGCUUCUACAGAGUGGUAUAGUCCCAGAUGAAACUACAUACAACACAAUCUUGAAUGGUUACUGCAGGGAAGGAUGUGUUGAAAAAGCAUUUCAACUUCAUAAUAGGAUAGUUGAAAAUUCAUUUAAGCCUGAUGUCUUUACAUGUAAUAUUCUACUUAGCGGUCUUUGCAAGGAAGGGAUGCUAGACAAGGCUCUCAGACUCUUCAGCACGUGGAACUCAAAAGGAAAAGUUACAGAUGUGGUUACCUAUAACACGCUGAUAUCAAGCUUGUGUAAAGAAGGUAGAUUUGAGGAGGCGUUUGAUCUUCUUGUGGAAAUGGAAUUAAAGACAAAGGGGCCUGAUUCUUAUACAUAUACUGCCAUUCUCAGUGCUCUCACUGAUGCUGGCAGAAGGAAGAAAGUGGAGGAGCUUAUGUCUUUGAUGGUAGAAGCAGGGAAAUUAAACGAUUUCUCUAUACACGAGGUGCAGGCACAAAACGCUGCAAUAAAUGAACCUCCGGAGGAGCUUGAUUCAAAUUCUAUUGCCUAUUCAGAACAGAUAAUUGAGCUAUGUUCUCAAAGUAAAUUCAAGGAUGCUAUGUUAGUUUUUGAAGAUUCAAAACAGCAGGGCGUUGUCCUAAGCAAAAUCGCCUACAUCAGUUUGAUGGUUGGGCUCAUUAAAAGAAGAAAGAGCAUCUCUAGGGUUGCACGACAGUAAUUAUGUUUUCUCAGGGUGUUAAAUUGAUACUGGCAAAAUGGGGGGCAAAGCAGUUGGUGCUGUUAUUUGUGACUUUGCGCCAAAAGGAGAACCUGCUUCGAGUCUCUUCUAUUUUUAUUCCAGGAAAAUGUUUGUGGUACAGCGUUAGGUUGCACUGCAAUGCAAGCUUCAACUCGUAGCUAAUUAUUGAGAGUUUAGGAGUUGCUGACAUACCUAGUGUAGCACUGAAGAAAAAUACAGUGGCACUUUUUAAGCCUGAUUGAAAGUAUUGUUCUCCAGUGAGGGUAAGUUGAAGUGAAUCUCAUCUCUGAAGAAUAUCAAAUUGGGACAUUACCUUUUCUGGCCAAGAAGCUGCAGUGUUACUUCUGUAUGUCUUUGACGGUCAAAUGGCAGGUCCACUGAAGCUUCGAUAGAGUUGGAGAUGAAAUUGCGGUUGGCUUCAUUUGUUUGAAGCCUAAGAGGACAAUAAGGAUAUUGCAUUUGCUCUGGAAGUGAGCAAAUGACCAAGUGGCAUGCUGAGCAUCAUGAGUUUUCUAGUUAGGUUAGUUCAGUUCUGCUAUCAAAGGAAAUAAACAGGUGAGAAUCGAUUGCUAAUUCUUUCAUAAGGUUGAAGACUAUUUAGUCUUGCGAUUGGAGAUAUAAGUAAGCGAGUAGCAACAGUGAAGGAACUCGUGAGCAGUAGCUUGAAAGCCAUGAAAACCUUAGAAAGGGAAAGGGAAAAUUUGACCUGUACAGCGACAAGAUUGAUUGUAAAUGCAUAACGAUUCACGCACCUCAGUUGUACGUCUCACUGGUUCUCAUGUUAAUCCUCUGUGCCAUCGGGUUUUCACCUCACCUCGCUUUUGCAGCCGGAGAUUACCAGUAAAUGCAGAACUUUGACAGUUUACUCAGGUAUAAUUUCCUGUGCCGGUAGUUAAGGAAAAUAGAGCAAUAGAUUUUGCGUCCUCCAACUGUAAAUUAUGAACGGAGAUUGAAACUUGGAUCAGGUUUCUUUGCCUUAGUCAACUGUAAUUCUGUACUUUUGGGUCCUAACGCCUCUCGCUCUGUGGUUGCAUUCCAAAACGUGUGAUAGACACGAUUAGAAACCCAUUUCUUCAAUGUUUCCAUGGCUAAUAUGUACAGAUUUUGAAACCGAAUGUAACAGAUCCGCAGCCACAUUUGAAGA